UAACGCCCAAGGCACAGCUGAAACCCUUCGUGAAGAGGAAAACAGAGGAGGGAAAGAUCGGAAGAAUGACUUCUUGGUCUGCGGCUAGGAGGAAAAGGAUCCGGGACACACCUAAGCCACUUGAAAAGAAUUCAAACUGCAGCGGAGAGCCAGGAGGGAGGAGGCCCAGCACCGAGGAGCUGACCACGGUGCGUGUCCAAGACCCCCGGGUGCAGAACGAAGGCUCCUGGAACUCCUACGUGGAUUACAAAAUCUUCCUCCACACCAACAGCAAGGCCUUCACUGCCAAGACCUCAUGUGUGCGGCGCCGGUACCGUGAGUUCGUGUGGCUGCGGCGGCAGCUCCAGAAGAAUGCUGGCCUGGUGCCCGUCCCAGAGCUGCCUGGGAAAUCUCCUUUCUUUGUGGGCAGCACGGAUGAAUUUAUUGAGAAGCGGAGACAGGGGCUGCAGCAGUUCCUGGAGAAGGUCGUGCAGAACGUGGUGCUGCUCUCGGACAGCCGGCUGCACCUCUUCCUGCAGAGCCAGCUCUCGGUGCCCGAGAUAGAGGCGUGCGUGCAGGGCCGGGGCACACAGACGGUGACGGACGCCAUCCUGCACUACGCCAUGUCCAACUGCGGCUGGGCGCAGGAGGAGGAGAGCCGCCCCGCGCUGCUGCCGGGGGGGGCCCUGCGCGGCAGCUAUGCCAGCCUGGGGGGCCCGCAGGGGCCCGGCUGCCUGGAGCCCCUCCCGCACUGGAGCGACUUUGGCAUGGACGAGAGCUGCUCGGACAGCCCGGCUGAGCCGGCCGAGCCCUUGGGCGGACCGCAGGAGGGGCAGUGAAGGGCUCUAGCGACCUCGCCUGCCUUCCCCGGGACCUGCAGCCCUCGCUGGAGGAGGGCCCGCCGGCUGAGCCGGGGGGAUGGCCGGGCUGGGGCUGCACUGGGAACGCAGCCUGGUCCUGGCUCUGUGGGGUCUGGGGCUCCGGGGCUCUCUCCUUGCUGCCUCUCAGCUGUCCUCGAUGUCCCAGGCAGCGUGUUCGUGUGGCUUUUCUCUUCCGAGAGGAGAUUUAGUGAUUAGUGAAACCUGUGUUUGUUGUUCCCACGGCCUUUGCUCUCUGUGCGGAGCAGCAGCAGCUCGGGCAGGCUGCAGUGGCAUGCAGGGCCCGAGGUUCCGGGCAGGUCCCUGGCCCAGGGCAGGGGGAGGCACAUGUGGAGCCUCAGACGGGUUCAUCCCCUGUCCCCUCUGCCUGGAGGCUGCGUUGCCCCGCUGACAGCUGCCCCGUGCAGCUCCUGGGGUGCUGCUCUCAGCUGCACGGAGCCCACCCGCGGGCUGCAUCCCCUGCCCACACCCGGGGGCUCCUGGCAGUGUUUGCCCCCUGGGCUGCUCACGGCUGGGACAAAUGGCAGUGAGACCCCCGGGGCUGGGGGGCCGUUUGUCUCCCCGAGGUGUUUGUGGGGCCGCCCCUUCCAGCUGGGAUCCCGCAGGAGAGCAGAGCUCAGCACAGGGUUGCCACGCACAGUGGGGAAUGGGAAUGACAAGGGGAAGGGACUGGGGGUCUCACAGGCAGGGCACAGUUUGCUGGGGGCGAAGCAGCGUGCAACGGCCUCGGGGUCGGUGUCUGGCAGCGCUUGGGCUCUGCUUACUCCUGCUGCUGCUCCCUGUGCUCUCCUGCACCUUUUCCUCUAUCCUGAGCACUGGUGGAGGCAGAGCCGACGUGCUCUGACUUGAAAUAAAACAAAGUAGAAGAGA